AACAACGGGGAAACUGCCGGGCGGAACUACAGGACGUGGGGUUCCGGUCCGGCCCCGAUUCCCGGCUGCCCCCGCGGUGUCCCCUCUUUUCCGGUCCAGAGGCGGUGGAGACGAGCGCGGCUCCGGUGCGACCAUGGCCAAGUCCAAGAACCACACCACGCACAACCAGUCCCGUAAGUGGCACAGAAAUGGCAUCAAGAAGCCCAAAACUCAUAGAUAUGAAUCUCUCAAAGGGGUUGAUCCCAAAUUUCUGAGGAACAUGAGAUUUGCAAAGAAACACAACAAAAAGGGACUGAAGAAGAUGCAGGCCAACAAUGCCAAGCAGGCAGCUCAGCAGGCAGCUCAGCAGACUGCUCAGCAGAAAAAGGACUGAUGUGCUUCAAUAAGAAGACCCAGUUUUCUUACUGGCAUGUGUGUUACAGCAUUUUUUUAAAAUAAAAUUGUAUGUAACAAAGUGUUCACCUCUUGAAUGUGAGGAGAGCCCUCCACAA